UCUCUUCCUCCUUGAAGAGCAGCACCUUUCCUGUUUCUCGCGAUAGUUGAAUGAUACUAAAGUCAUGGUGGGCCUAGUACUGGUCGUGGCAGGCGUUCUAUGCCUUGGCCUCUACCAGCUAUACGUCUCGAUCACCACCAAGAAAAAGCUCCCGGAUGGCGCAAAGCCCCUUCCCGGGCCGAUGAACUUACCGUUCAUCGGCCGCGUCCAUGAUGUCCCAGGCGAAGGUAGCUGGCUCAAGUUUCACGAAUGGGGCCAAAAGUACGGCCCCAUCUACACAAUGGACAUGUUCGGCUCAACCCACAUCUGGAUCUCCUCCGAGUCGGUCGCCACAGAUCUCCUCGCCCGCCGCAGCACAAUCUACUCGGACCGCCCCGUCAUCCCGAACCUGCCCGACAACCGCUACAGCGGCAACUACCUCGCCCUCGCCGGCCGCAACGACACGUGGAAGCGCCAGCGCAAGCUCGCCCACGGCCUGAUGUCCGUCUCGGCGGCCCAAGACCUGCACGCCUACCCAACGCGCGAGCGCGACCGUCUGCUAUGGCUCAUGGCGACGCAGCCCGCCGAGUACAGGGAGUGGAUCGAGCAGUUCACGUCGCGGACCGUGGCGAGGCUGUCGUGGGGCAGCGCGGCGCCGGCCGACACGCUGCGCGUCACGACACAGGGGUUGCUCGAGACUAUCAGCCCCGCCGGUGCGCUGCCGAAUGUAGUCUCCUUCCUUGCCGGCCUGCCGAGGUGGGCUUCACCCUGGAAGCGGAGGGAGGCGGCACGACACGCCGUCGAAGAAAAGCUGUUCACGCGGUGCGUUGCUUCAGUGCGGGAGGGCAUGGAGGGCGGCGGGGCGCGGCCGAGCUUUGUGCAGACCUUCCUGUCCGAUCGAAGCCCCGGCGGGAAGUAUGCUGAUGUAGAGGUGUGGGAUGCCAUGUACACUGUCGGCCAGAUGGCUAUCGCUGGGGCUCUUACGAUUGGGAGCCCCAUUCAGACUUUCUUGUUGGCAAUGCUGCACUUCCCCGAGCUACCCAUGGUAAGAGCUGUGGUCAAAGAGGUGCUGCGGUGGAGGCCACCCGUGCCAACGGGCAUUCCUCACGCGGUGGAAAAGGAUGAUGUGUACGAAGGGUACUUCAUCCCCAAGGGCGCAACCAUCCAUGCCCUCGAGUGGUCCAUCACUCGCGAUCCCGUCACGUAUCCCGACCCUGAAAUUUUCAAUCCCGCCCGCUGGCUGGAGGAAUCCUACCCGACGUACAGAGCACCACUCACCACAUACCCUAAUCUCGCAAACUACAGUCAGUUUGGCUUCGGUAGGCGGACCUGCCAAGGCGUCUCCAUUGUGGAGCAGGACUUGUUCCUGACAAUGGGCGGGUUGGCGUGGGCAAUGGAUAUAACUCCAAAGAGGCGGCCCGAUGGCAGUGCUGUGCCAGUCCACUGGAACGACUUCACGCCACUCCUGAUUGCGAAGCCCGCCGCAUUUGAGUUUGAUGUCAAAAUCCGGAAGGGAAGAGAGACUGUUUUGCGGCAAAUGCAUGAAGAGGCAGCGAGCGGGGAUGAUUUGGAGGAACAAGCGUUCAAUGGGCAGGCCACUAAGGAGGGUAUGUUCGCGAAGGAGGCCAGUGGUCUGUCUGAGGUCGAGGGCCAGUAUCACGACUUUGAGAAGGGUGAUGCUCACAUGCAACACACACAGUGCUGA